UUAUUGUAAUUUCCUUCAUUAUCCAAUUAAAAAACAAACAAACUUCGUACCAAUGUAGAACGUGGGACUCCUUAAACCCUGAUAAAGCCUCUGAAUUAAAUCCAAUAUCCAAUCUCCCUCUGCGUUCAUGUGAUGCGAAGAGACGGUGCAGCGCAAAACGUAAAGACAAAUACAAAGCUUUGCCUUCUAUACCGCACCAUAAUUUUUCAAGGGUUUAUUGAAGGUGAGAAAGAUGAAGGUGAAGGUGAUAUCACGUUCAGCAGAUGAAUUUACUCGGGAACGGAGUCAGGACCUUCAGAGAGUUUUUAGAAAUUAUGAUCCUGCUCUACAUGCUCAGGCAAGAGCUCAAGAAUACGUCAGGGCUCUCAAUGCAACAAAAUUGGAUAAGAUAUUUGCAAAACCAUUCUUGGCAGCAAUGAGUGGACACAUCGAUGCCAUUUCCUCCAUGGCAAAGGAUCCGCAUCACUUGAAAAACAUCUUUACAGGCUCUAUGGACGGAGAUAUCCGACUGUGGGACAUUGCUACCAGGCAUACAAUUCAACAAUUUCCAGGGCACAGAGGAGCAGUACGUGGGUUGGCUGUGUCUACAGAUGGUGAAUGGCUUGCAUCUUGUGGAGAUGAUUGUGUUGUUAGACUAUGGGAAAUUUCAGCUGCUGGUAUAGGGGAAUCAAUUGGUGGAUCCAAUAAUAUUCAAAAGCCAGCAGCAACAUAUGUGGGAAAAAAUUCUUUCAGGGCUGUAGAUCACCAGUGGGAUAGUGACAUCUUUGCAACUGCUGGUGCUCAAGUUGACAUCUGGGAUCGCAACAGGUCAGAACCAAUCAAUAGCUUUUCAUGGGGUGCUGAUACAGUCAUAUCUGUGCGGUUUAAUCCUGCAGAAAAAGAUAUUUUUGCAACAACUGCUAGUGAUCGCAGCAUUACUUUGUAUGACCUUCGCAUGGCAUCACCUUUACACAAGCUAAUCAUGCAGACAAGGAAUAAUGCUAUUGCAUGGAAUCCAAGAGAACCUAUGAACUUCACAGCAGCAAAUGAAGAUUGCAAUUGCUAUAGUUACGAUAUGAGGAGAAUGAAUAUUUCAACUUGUGUUCACCAAGAUCAUGUUUCCUCUGUGAUGGAUAUUGAUUACUCUCCAAGUGGCCGAGAGUUUGUUACUGGAUCUUAUGAUAGAACAGUGAGAAUAUUUCCCUACAAUGGAGGUCAUAGCAGAGAAAUCUACCAUACAAAACGAAUGCAAAGGGUGUUUUGUGUGAAGUUUAGCUGUGAUGCAACUUAUGUUCUUUCAGGCAGUGAUGACACUAAUCUUCGGCUGUGGAAGGCAAAAGCAUCAGAGCAGUUAGGAGUGCUUCUUCCAAGGGAACGCAAGAAGCAUGAAUAUAUGGAGUCUGUAAAGAACCGCUUUAAGCAUCUUCCAGAAAUUAAACGUAUUGACAGACAUCGACACUUACCAAAGCCUAUAUUCAAAGCAGCUGCUCUACGACAUACUAUGAGGCUAGCAGAGAAGAAAAAACAAGAUCGAAAAAGAGCACACAGCAAGCCUGGAAGUGUUGUUACUAUUCCUAUGCGCAAAAAGCGGAUUGUCACAGAGCUAGAGUAAAUAUGUGCACUGGCACAAUAUUGCAUGCCAUUUCAUUGCCCGAUUAAGGCUGUUGAGCCUCGUAAUUGCUUUAAGGAAAUUUUUGUAGACAUUGCUUACCAACCUGUGAAUUAAGUUCAACCUGUUGCUAUCUAGUAGAAAAGGGUGUUUCUUUAUGUUCUGACCUUAAAAUCAAAAUAAAAUUUCUUCUUUGGGCAGUUGGCCCACAAGAACACAGCACUACUAAUGUACAAACCGAAAUUAAAGUCUACAAUGGAAAUUCAGUUUUUCAAGCA